AUGGCUGGAAAGCCCUCGCCGAAUUACGAGGACAUCAUAGCCAGGCCCAACAGCGGAGCCGCCAAAGCCCUCAUUGUCCUACACUGGGCCGCACCAAUCGCGAUCUUCGCAAGCUUCAUCAUCUCCGGCUUUGUUGCGGCCUGCCUACUCCACCGGCGGUCUCGCGAUCCUACAACUGCGCAGCGACGCUCCUUGACCACCAUUCUACUGCUGCUCGUUGUGUUCACUCUGGUAGCACAAGCGUGCACCUUCUUCGUCCAAUCCUUGGCUCAGCGGGGAUUCUGGGCGAAACAGGACAGCGUGGUCUACAUCCUCGCUUCACUCUUUGCGUAUGGAUGGAUGGUGCUCGCUCUUCAUGGUCACCGUGGUGUCUUGUGGUGGCCGUAUGGAACCGCGUUCACGCUGGCCAUGCUAUUAGAGAUACCAAUCACGGCACUACAAAUCAGUCUGUCUCCGGCUCACGACAACUUUGCCUUCUACAGAGGAGCCCUGCAAGCGAGCCGGACUCUCUUCGUCGCCAUCCUGUGUCUCUCUGAAGGUUGGUAUACGCUCCAGCUUCGAUCAGCAAAAUUCAAAACCGAGCUCGAUGGCGAACACGAGCCGCUGCUCGCAAACUCGGCGAACGGAAGUGCGCAUAAGCCUAAGAGCGACUCGGCAAGCACUCACAGCAAAGACAGCGACGCUGGAUCCGCCGCCGACCUCGACUCUUACGACUCGGAGCCCGAAGAAGCCGACAAGGUCAAAAAGCAGCAACGCGAGCGACUCGAUGCCGCCGGGAAUUGGUGGAACUACGCAAAAGAGUACAAAAUCUUCAUUCCCAUGCUCUGGCCGUCCGGAAACCGAUUCGUGCAGUUGUGCUUGGGCCUGAUUGGGCUGGUUCUCGUUGCUCAACGCUUCCUCAAUAUUCUCGUACCUCGACAGUUGGGCAUCAUCGUAAAUGAAUUGACAAAAGACAAUGGCCAUGGUCAUCUGCCCUUGCAAGCGUUUGGUUUGUGGGCACUGUACUCCUACCUCAACUCGCGAGCCGGAGUCUAUGUCAUCUCGACCUGCGCGGAGCUGUACAUCGACCAAUUCACCUACAAAGCCAUCGGCGCCGCGGCCUUCCGUCACAUCAUGACACUUUCCAUGGACUUUCACAACGAGAAGAACACCGGCGAGUUAAUCCGAGCGGUCGAUCAAGGACACAGUCUCCAGCGUCUGCUGGACUUCGCCCUCUUCGAAGUAGCGCCCAUCUUCAUCGACCUCGUGAUUUCGUUGGUCUUUGUCACUCAGCUUUUCGACAUCUAUAUGGCGUUCAUUCUGGGAGUCGUCGGCGUCGCUUACAUCUGGGUGGGGACGAAGACGGCCGCUUGGAGUAUCAAGCGGCGCCGUCGCUACAACAAGGCUUGGAGAGAUGAGGCGAAGGUGCAGAAUGAAGCCAUCAGCAACUGGACCACCGUCUCGCACUUCAACCGAGGCCGCUACGAAUGUGAGAAAUACGAGAAGACAAUCGACGAGCACACCUCUGCCGAAAUCGGCUAUUACCUUGCGUACCAUCUCGGAGGCGGCGCACAGUCGCUGAUCAUGCUGCUCGGCCGCACAGCAGCAAUCUUCCUCGCCAUCUACCGAGUCUCCCAAGGUGCGGUCCCGGUCGGCAGUCUCGUUACACUCAGCGCCUACUGGGCCUCGAUCGAAGCGCCCCUCACCUCCUUCUCAUGGAGCAUCCGCGCCCUAGCCCAAAUGCUCACCGACUCCGAACGCCUGCUCCAACUCUUCCAAACCAAAGCAACCGUCACCGACGCCCCCAACGCCCCCGCCCUGAGCAUAAAGCACGGCGAAGUGGAAUUCACCAACGUGCACUUCGCCUACGACCCGCGCAAACCGACGCUCAAAAAUAUCAGCUUCGUCGCCAAGCCGGGACAAACCAUCGCACUCUGCGGCGAGACGGGUGGCGGCAAAAGCACCAUCCUCAAACUGCUGUACAGGUAUUACGACGUCAAUGCAGGCUCUAUCCGCAUCGACGGCCAAGACAUCCGCGAAGUCACGCUCGACAGCUUACGCGAUGCGUUCGGCAUGUGUCCGCAAGACCCGACGCUGUUCAACGUCAGCAUCAUGGAGAAUCUGCGCUACGCGCGCCUCGACGCCACAGACGACGAAAUCAAAGCCGCGUGCGCCGACGCCGCGAUCCACGACAAAAUCACCAGUUUCCCCGACGGGUACAGCGCAACCGUCGGCGAGCGCGGCGUCAAGCUCUCCGGCGGCGAAAUGCAGCGCGUCGCGAUCGCGCGCGCCAUCCUGCGCCAACCCAAAAUCGUCCUCCUCGACGAAGCGACGUCCAUGAUCGACGUCGAGACGGAAGCGACGAUCCAAACGGCUUUCCAGAGACUAAGCCGCAGCCGCACGACGUUUGUGAUUGCGCAUCGGCUGUCGACGAUUCAGCAUGCGGAUUUGAUUCUGGUGGUGCAGGAUGGUGAGAUCAUUGAGAGUGGGAGUCACGAGGUGUUGAUGCGGGAUCGUGGGGGGAAGUAUCGCGCGCUGUGGUCGAGGCAGUUGAAUAAGGAGGUGCAGGCUGUGGGGCGGACGUUGGAGGAGGGAGAGGGGGAUGAUGGUAAUGCGUAA